UUUAGUAUAUUUUAAAGUUCUUACCAUUGAACUCCUACAGGAUAAUUUAUUAAUUUGGCACGGGCGCGGUUAAGCAAAAAAACUUAAAAUUAGGAUUCCUUAACGCAGGUUCUCUCGGAACUAGUCACAAUGAGCUUAUAGUUGCUGUUGAACAAAGUUAUGUAGACAUAAUGGCCAUCAACGAAACCUGGCUACACGAUGGAGAGGAGGGGCGGGCGCCGGUCAUACCUAACUAUCGCCUGCGCCACAUCCCGCGGCCGCGCUCCGUGCGCGCGCGCGGCGGCGGCGUCGGCUUCUACGUCAAGAAUGGAGUUGCGGCUCGACGCUGCGCCCACCCACCCGAUAUGGGAGUUGAACAGAUGUGGCUCAAGUUAUCAAUUAAUGGUUUGACUCUGUUAAUAGGAACUGCAUACCGACCGCCAUGGUUAAGUAUCGAUACAUUUAUUGACGCAAUGACUGAUACUAUUACUUCGUUUUCUAAAUUUGAUUAUAUUGUGUUAAUGGGAGACUUCAAUAUAAAUUUAUUGAAUAAUGAUAGAAAUGCCUCUAAGCUCAAACUGUUACUUACUUAUUUUGAUUUAACACAACAUAUUGACGUACCAACGCAUUUUACUAACAAUAGCAGUGCCUUAAUAGACGUGAUAUGUAGUAAUUGUCUCGUUACUAAAACUCAAGUAAAUUAUAUUCCGACUUUGAGUCACCACGCAUUCUUAUCUUGCGAAUUAAAUAUUAAAAAAUGUAAACCUCUGCCACAAAAAAUAUGUUUUAGACCACUUAAGGACAUUGAUCAGGAACUAUUUAAUCGAUCGAUUGAAUCUAUUAAGUGGGAAUGCAUAUCCGAGUUAAUGACUGUUAAUGACAUGGUAAAUACCUUCAAUUGUGUAGUCCUAUCCCUGCUUGACGCGUAUGCGCCUCAGAAAGUAAUUUUAAUUAGAGAGAGGAGCUAUCCAUGGAUAACUCACACGAUCAAGGAAAUGAUGCGUUUACGUGACGAGGCACAUAACACGUAUAAAGCGUCUGGACUAGACAGUGAUAAAUUGUAUUAUCAUGAGCUCAAAAAAUGUGUAAAUAAAGCCUUAUUUCAUGAGACGCGUGCGUAUUUUAAUCAAAAUAUUAAUCGAAAUGCCAGCAACUCUCGAGCUCUUUGGAAUAAUCUUAAGCGCACUGUCAGAAUAACUAAAAACUCGCAUGAAUCAGAAAUACCUUCACACUUACGUGACCCUGAACGUAUCAAUUUACAUUUUCUAGAAGUUCCAGGUAACGUGGCAGCACCGCAAUCAUAUCUUGCUAAAUUUGAAACCAGUCGCUUUCAUGAUUCGACCUUCAGAUUGGAGCCAGUGGGAGAAGACCUUGUACUUAAAAUAAUCAAGACCUUAAAAUCGUCCGCUCUGGGAGACGACGACAACUAAUACUCAUCGAGACAAUUCUAAAAACCCCUAACACAAUUAGUUUGCGUUGUUUCAUCACAGAGUUCCUAUGGCCACCUCCUGUCUCCAUCAUCAGAUCAGCUCGAUGGUACCAUAAUAUGGCAUUGUCACCCGACUUACAUGUGUAUGCAAAAUUUCAGCUCAAUCGGAAACCGGGAAGUGGAUCAAAUUUAACUU